AUCCUCCAGGCCUCUCGUCUCUCCCUGGCUGGGGAGUCUUCUAGAAGGGGGCCCCUCCUGACCACCAUGAAAGGGUUAGGAGCCAACCGCAAUCGCUCCGACUCCUGCGACCCCACCCAGGGCCCCCCGGAGCCCCUGUACCCCCACCAGGCCUCCACACUGCCUCGGAGCCCCUACCUUCUCAGCCCCACCAGCAUGGACCACUACGGCACCAUGGACCCGCACCACUACAACCCCUCUGUGGACCACCACUACAAUCAGGGCUCCCUGCCCCCGGACUAUUCUCUCCCCCUCAACAACCAGCUGUCCAACAGCAGCACCUUCCCCCGCAUCCAUUACAACGCCCACUAUGACCUGUCCGACUUCUCUCCGCCACAGGGGGACAGCAUCGGGGGCAUUAGCACGGGAACCCUGGGCACCUCCAUGUCCAUGGGCAUGGGAAUGGGCAUAGGGAUGCAUGGCUCGAGUGGCAUGGGGGGCCUGCAGAGCAGUCGGGGGCCCAUGAUCACCAGCGGCUCUGCCACCAUCUCCGGCGGGGCCAAGAUGAACCGCCAGCUGGCGCCUAACUUGCUGGACCAGUUGGACAAGCAGCUGCCUGGGGGGCCCAGAGAUGGCUUCAGCACACUGCAGUUCCACCGGAGCACAUCGGCCGCCCUCUCCGCCGCCUCCAAGCAGCGCACCGACAGCCCCGGGCGCAUCCGUAACCUGGUGUGCUCUGUCCAGAAGCUCUUUGCCAAGUCACAGUCCAUGGAUGGCCACAACCUCAAGGGUGUCAAUGGGCGUUCGGGGGCAGGAAGUGGCAGCGGUGGGACCUCAUCCGGGACAGAGGACGGUGGGAAGCGGGAACAGCGAGCAAAGAGCAAAGACCGGGGCGGGUCCAAGUCAGACGGGGGCGGGACGGGCAAGCGGCGGCCGCGCUCCAACAUGUCGGGCUAUUGGAGCUCGGACGACCUGGACAGUGCUGACCUCAGCAACUACCGCAACCCCAUAGCCAUGACACUGGGACGACCCACAGCGCAUGCCACCCAGCACGCCACCCACGGUACUGCCUACGAUUCCCAGCAGGUGGCACUACAGCAGCAGCAGGGGCACCAGAGCCGCUACGUGGUCCACAGCGGAUACAACACCAUCAGCUCAUCCAAGAGCCACAACGAGGUCAUAAAGUAUCAACAGGCACUGCCAGGACCUGGGGGCGGAGGUGGGGGCGGAGGAGGAGGUGGGAUCAGCAUGGGGGUGAACAGUAAUGACUUUAUGAAGGGGGGUUCGUGGUCGACACUGACCCUGGGUCAGCCCAGACAGGUGCUGCAGAAGGGCCACUCGGCCACCCUGGACCGGUCCAUGCUCAAGUCCAAGUCGUGCCAGCAGGAGCUGGCCUGCAACUACCUGCAAGUGGGCCGACAGGGGGACUGGAGUAACACGCUGGGUCGCAGCGGUGGAGUAGCCAGAGCCAACGAGAUCCCAUGCAGGCGCAUGCGGAGUGGCAGCUACGUGAAGGCCAUGGGUGACCUGGAGGACAGCGACGACUCAGACGUCAGCAUCAAGCCCUCGCCCAAAAUGGCCGCCCGCCGCCAGAGCUACCUCAGGGCCACCCAGCAGUCUCUGAGCGACCAGCUACCGUCACGCAAGAGCAGCAGAGCCCUGGAUUACGCCAUGCUGCAGGGGGAGCUGGAGGCACUGUGGUCUCCUCUGCACAGUGUGUCCUCUCUGCACCAACUGGGCAGCUGUCUUCCCUCUCUGAGAGAGCUGUCCACCAACCGUAGCCUGGACAACCUGGACUGUCUGGGGGGUCCGGUGGGGGGCUCCUUGUUCCCCCGCUGGGAUGAUGAGGACUUCAGCCAGGGUGGCGGAUGCAGCACCCUGGGGAGGAGCAGCUGCAUUAGCCAGCUACGAGACUUGGAGAUGUUGAGCCAACGCUACGAGGAUAGCUGCGCCGAGUCGUCGUUCCGAGAUUCCCACACACUCUCGCGCUCCCAUUCCCAGGCAGUGGAGCCUCCCGAUCUACCCAUGCCCACGUGCUUCCGAUCUCGUAGCCAUAGCUACCUGCGGGCCAUCCAGGCCGGAUGCUCGCAGGAUGACGACACUGCUUCUGUGGACUCGGAUUCGCCGCCGCCAACCGCCACUACUGUUCGUACCUACAGCACCAGCACUGUCUCCACAUGCAUCACCACCUGUAAGAAGCCGGCGCCCCCGCCCGUGCCGCCCCGCACCACCUCCAAGCCCUACAUCUCGGUGACGGUGCAGAGCAGCACAGAGUCGGCCCAGGACACCUACCUGGACCACCAGUCUGAGCGCGAACGUCGCAGCGAGACCAUCACCAGCCAGUCUAGCCAGGCACACAGCAAUUCCUCCGACAGCCUCGACAGCACGCGCGCCAACAGCCUGGCUCGGGGUGUCCCUCGGCCUAUCCCCAUGCCCGUCGCCAUCCACCGGGAACCCCUCGCCACCACCGUCCACCACGCCACCACCGGGACUGACACCAAUGACUCCCACCAUGAACCCCUGAGGACAGGCAGCAGCAGAGGGAGCCUGGCAGCAGAGGAGCCACGAGCGGACAUCGUGCCCCGGAGAAAGCUCUCCUCCAUAGGGAUACAGGUUGACUGCAUUCAGGAGGAAGUCCAGCGAGAGGAGACACCGCCACCGCCAUUGGCCAGAUUCCAGUCAAUCGGAAUCCAGGCGGACGACAGCUGGCACAGUCGCUCCAGUAGCAUGGCCUCCAAGCAGGAGACAGACUCUGACACACAGGACCUUCCCAUCAACUCGCACGCCAACUCCCACGCCAAGCCCGCCGCCGAGAAGAAGAGCAUGGUCAACAGCGCCUGCCAAUCCAUGGCCUCGCCCCCGUGCAGCGGCCAGGUCAGCAAGGGCAACGGAUCAAAUCCCACCGUUGACACCAGUACGUCGCCACCUCCGCUUCGGCAGAUCCUCAACCGCUCCACCACACGGUCCGACUCCUCCGACUCCUUCUCCGAGAGCAUGGACCCGGCCCUGGACCCCUCAUCCCUGCCCCCUCCGGACCCCUGGCUGGAGAGCGGGAACGGAAAUAGCGGUAGCGGGAACCCUAACGCGGUGCCCCCUCCAGGCCCUGCCUGCCGGCGGGACGGCCACUGGUUCCUCAAGCUGCUGCAGGCGGAGACGGGCCGCAUGGAGGGCUGGUGCCAGCAGAUGGAGCAAGAGACCAAAGACAACCAGCUCUCAGAGGAGGUGUUGGGGAAGGUCCGCAGUGCAGUGGGCAGUGCUCAGCUCCUCAUGACCAAGAAAUUUGAGCAGUUCAGAGGGCUGUGUGAACAAAACUUGAAUGUGAACGCCAACCCGCGGCCCACAGCCCAGGACCUGGCGGGCUUCUGGGACCUGCUGCAGCUCUCCAUCGAGGACAUCAGCCUCAAAUUUGACGAGCUCUACCAACUCAAGUCCAGCGACUGGCAGUCCCCUGCCGUGGCCCACUCGCCCCCCGAGCGGAAGGAGGACAAGAAAGAGGCCCCUCCUCCAGUGCCAAAGAAGCCCGGUAAGGGGAGGCCGGUGCUGGGCCGCGAGAAGAGCGCCGACUCCGCCUCGUCCACCUCUUCGGCGGAGAAGCAGCGGACGGAGGCCCGCAAGCGCCUACUGGCUGCCAAGAGGGCCGCCUCGGUCCGGCAGAACUCGGCCACGGAGAGCGCCGACAGCAUCGAGAUCUAUGUCCCUGAGGCCCAGACUCGCCUCUAAGAGAGAGAGCGAGAAACUGCGAUGGAGGAAGGGAUGAUGGCGGAGGGAGAGAGGGAGGGUUGGGGUCUUUUCACCACACGCAGGGUCGUCUGGUCUUGGUGGCCGCCAGUCUACAGUAGAUGGAGUGAGAAACAAAGAGAGAGAGAGAGAACUUUUGGGCUGUAGACUAUAUGGGGAAUGCUUGUCUCCUCUCACGAGGCUGCAAUGGAAAAACCUAAACCACAGCCUUUGUUACUAUUUUUAGAACUUUUUGGGGGGUUAUUUUAUUAGGAUCCCCAUUAGCUCUUGCGAAAGCAGCAGCUACUCUUCCUGGGGUCCACACAAAACACGAAACAUGACAUAAUGCAGCACACAUUUAAAACGCCGCAGAUAGCCUACAUACCAGUACAUACACACAAAAGUAUUUUGCAAAUGAUGACAUUUUUUUGUUGAUGGUAUUAUUAUUAUCUCAUUAAGAAACUAUAUCAAGACUAUUUUAGAUGUACCUGUAUCUUGGCUAUAAGAGAUCUAAUAUGCGGACAAGAGUAAGCGUUUGUGCUUUCCAAUGCCCCUCCCUCUCCCUUGCCUUGGCCCACCCAUAGUUUGCACAACACCACCAUGCGGUCAAACGUACACACACUUAUUCGGAGGAGCGCACACACACACACACACACACACACACGCAUCAGACCCACAGCUAUCUUAUGUCUUCCUGGUGCUUUUUUGUUUUCAUUGUGUUUAUCUGUUUUGUAUGAGCCCUUGCCUGCAGCUCUAGAUUCGUGAGCAGUUUCGGAGAGUAGGGCACUGAAAACUGAAUUAGGAAAUAGAGGAUUGGGGUAUUUCAUGUCAAAUACCACAACUUUAUAUAAGUGAGAUCUAUUGAAAACAUAAUGUAUGUUUUUGUCCAACCUUUUUAAAUAUAUAUCGGGGAAAAAAAGAAUCGGUACUUUAUAACCGACUCGAACUACACUCACACGUCGAUAUUUACUGGAAUAACGUUUGAAGAUCCUACUUUUCCAUUGAGAUAUUGUUUUCUGCCAUUUUUGGUCUGAGGAUGUAUUCAUCAGCCAAUGUCCACAGUCCCAUGACAAUGGCCACAGUCCCAUGACAAUGGCCACACUUUGCACUCGCAUGUGUCUCCAUUGGUCUGUGAAUUUACCAAUCGGUCCUUUUUAUAAGGCACCACACAGGGGGAAAAAACUGACUGAAACCUGGUGGAAAAUCUAAUUUAAUUUUCCAUUGCAAAAUGUUUCGCUACGUUGUUGCCUAAUGAAUACAACCAUGGUGUAGGUAUAUCAGAUCAAUUGAAUAUAAUUCAGGUUUUGUGGAAAACGUAGACAGGACCACAAUUGAGAACUGUCCCACUGGGCAAAAAGUGAUUGAGUUUUUAUUGUUUCCUUGUUAUUUCAGGAUGCUUUUAACAACGUUAUCAUGCUGCAUCAUUGUGGCUAUUUCAUUGAACAUUUCAAAAGUCUGUGGGUUUUAUAAAGUAGGUACUUCCAGCAACUCAAAGCUUGUUGCGGCAGCAAUAUAAUUCAAAAUGGUUUCUCUCCCAAACUUCUGCCUCAACUUCCCUCUCUACAAUUCACCUUUUGGUGUUUUUGGCAUCACUGUUUUUAAUAUUGUAAAUGAGUUUGCACAGAUGCUGGUGUGUUUCACAUAUGGGACCACUACUCGGUAUGCAUGGGAAAGUUGUGGUUAGUUCCACCUCAAAUUCCAGUCACGUCAACCAUUAAUUCCGUUUCAAAUCUCUAUAGGAUAGCAAAUGAAACUAAGGCCAAUUCGGACUUGAGGUUAAGCAUCAAAUAACUUUGACUAAUGCCUGCUAAAUGACAGUGGUUGUAUUGACUAUUCUCCACACUGCACAUACUCAUGUAAAUGGUCUGUGAUUCACUGCACUGCAUAUUCAGUGCUACCGUAUGGCUUUUCCCACGUCACAGUUCCUGACCAGGCGGCCUAUUCAAAAGAGAUGGAGAAAGGAAAGGACACAACUCGAGGAAGGAUUAGGGGGCUAGGAGAGGAAACUGCUUUAGACUAUUUCUUCAUCUCAAUUGUCCAUGACAGUUUUGGAGGGAAGGAUUUCAUUCUUGAAUGUAGCAGAACACAUUGUUUGCAUUAAAGAUGUUUAACUAAGCACCCUGUCACACCACUGCCCACCACUGCAACUUUUUUCGUUAAAUACCUUUUUUCGCUACCUACAUUAAAAAAAAAAAUUUAAACAAAUGAUUACAUCUAUUUGUAAUUUCUUUGACAUUUAUUUUUUGUUGGUCCUUUAACAAAAAAGAAAUGCAUUACAUUUCUGCCUGUGUGGUAUGUAUAGCCACUUUUUUAUUUAACUAGGCAAGUCAGUUAAGAACAAAUUCUUAUUUUCAAUGACAGCCUAGGAACAGGGGGUUAAACUGCCUGUUCAGGGGCAGAACGACAGAUUUGUACCUUGUCAGCUCGGGGGUUUGAACUUGCAACCUUCCGGUUACUAGUCCAACUCUCUAACCACUAGCCUACCCUGCCGCCCGUAUAGCCAUCAGGUGAUUCACUCUCUCAAGGGGCCUGUAAAUGUGGAAAAUGGAAUGAUUCCAGUCAAGUGAUUAAAAAGUAGCCUAUUCGCUCAUCUAAUAAAACAUAUUAACCUUGUCAAAUGAAAAUAUCGGUAAUACAUUCUUUAUCUGGGUGUGAGAGAUCAAUACGUUUUGAAAUGCAAUGGUAUUUAAUUCACCACUUGGGGACAUUUGUUAGAGGGUACCUGUCAAAAGUUGGUGAUUUUUAAAUGAUGAAACUCUGAUAAAGACAGCUUGCUGUCGAAAACAUUAGUAACUAAAUCAUAGCAUCGGAGCUACUAGAGUGUAGCUAGUGUAGCAUUUCCUUUUCUCUGAAAAUAUUUUGCUUUCUCUAAAAGACUCCAAUGGUUGUGGGGAGACGCCAUGGGUGUGACCCAAGUGGCACCCUAUUCCCUACAAAGUGAACUCGCUUUGAAAGUACUUUUCAAAAGUAAUGCACUGUUUUUAGGGAGUAGGGUGCAAUUUGAGACAACUAUAAAAAAGGCAGAGUGAACUGUAUGCUACCAGUGAAUAGCGUUUUCACAGUUGGUCAUUACAAAAAUGCUUCCGACCAUACAUUUCCAACAAGUACUGUUUAAAAAUAAUGUUUUUUAUAGCUAAUUAAGACUUUUAGUGGUAGCCAGAUACUGGUUCAUUGUGUUUGUUUCUUGUUGUUUGACAAAACACUGAAGAAUACAGUCUCCUCCCCCUUCUCACUAUCUCUCACACACUAUGACCAACUACUAAUGAAUGUUCUCUGUCCAAAUCCACGUGGUUUCCCCUUUGCUACACAUGGCUAGGGCGUGCAGUAGUGACAGGGAACUCUACCUACAUCUUCACUAUAUGUCAAAACCAAUGACUUUUCUUCCAUUUCUCCCCCCCCCCCCCCCCCCCCCAACAUGUUCUCCUGCACCAUAUUGCCGGUGACAAACACUACCUUUCCCUGCUCAUUAAUUAGUGGUUCUUCAGUUGAUCCAAUUGGCUCAGUCUGUUGAAGAUGGUGCUCGCAACACCCGGGUCACCACAUGGGACAUAUACAAUGUGUUCGCUUGAAUAAAAACGACAUUCACUUUUUUUUUAACUUAAGUCAUUCCAACCAUAUGCCUGGUUGCUUGUCAGCUAGUUGCUCCAUUUCUCGUUUCUCAUUUGGGGGUUAUUUUUCUCCCCACCACCACAGUGACAGAAUAGCCUGAGCAUCAGGCUUUGCAUUGGAAAGGCCUGGCUUUUAUUGGCCAUCAUCCCCCCUCCUGGGAAAAGGUCGGUCUUGAUUGCAGCCUAUUGUUUGCUGUUGUGUGUUUGCCUGAAUUGCUGAUGGCCCCCUUUGCUCUGCUCAGUAAACGGCGGGGUGUCAAUGGCUCUGCUCCCUCUCUGUGAAUAAGUCAUCUCCAGGCUUUGUGUGACAAUCACUUGUCAUUGGUGAUUUGAUCAUUUACCAGGAAGGGGGUUGGGUGUGUCUGACAAGUUGUGUUCUUGGUUUGCUCUUGUGACCAAUGUAGUUAUAGACGUGGGUAUUUGUUUUUCAUGCUUAUUCUGGACCAUUCCAACUCGUUUCUCUGGUGUUUUGUAAUCCAGUGCCUUGGACUUGGAUGCAUUCUGUUAUAACAUGAGGCUCCCGAGUGGCGCGGUGGUCUAAGGCACUGUAUCUCAGUGCAAGAUGCAUCAUUGCAGGAGCUGGUUUGAAUUCAGGCUGCACCACAUUGGGAGUCCCAUAGGGCGUUGCACAGUUGGCCCAGGGUCGUCUGGGUUUGGCUGGGGUAGGCCAUCAUUGUAAAUAUAAUUUGUCCUCAACUGACUUGCCUAGUUAAAUAAAGGUAAUUUAAAAAAUGAUAAUAACAACAUAUUGGUAAGAUGAGGGCAGUGGAAGGUAGGCCAAGAAAGAAAAGCAGUAGGCGGCCAGUAUGAUACAGAACAUUUUUACAACGAAUACAUACUGUAUAAGGAGCAGAUCGGCCUAUAGUGUAUAUAACAUCAGAACGCACGACUACAACGCAUUUUGACUGAAAGAGUCUUCUUCAGGCAGGGGGAACAUAGGGGUAACAAGUGUUAUUUGUAGCACUAUAUGAGAGCCUGCUAGAUUGCGCAAAGCAAUUUAUAUUGUAAGUCGAUAACAGAGUAAUGGUCAUAUGAAGAAAAUAAUGAAACUGACUAUAGAUACUGAUAAGAAUGGAUGUCCCCCCCCCCCCCCCCCUAUCACUUCACUUGGGCUCCAGCGGGCCCCUUCUGGCCUUCCAAAACCACUUCCAGACACCCGUUUUCCAAGGUGGUUUCCCAUCCAAGCACUAAUCAGGGAUAAUCCUGUUAGUUUCAGAGGAAAGACAACUGAGAUCUGUCAACACUGCCAGCUUUAUUUUGAUUUGAGUCAGUUCCUGACAGGAAUUGAAAUAAUGUAAUAUGCAUAUGGUGAGAGUGAGAGAGAGAGAGCGAGAGAGUGAUUGAGUGCGUCAAGGACAAAAAAAAAGCUAUUACAGGAUGACAAAGGCAGGCCACUUCUGCUCUAAUCCGCGUGAAUACGUAAAUGACAGCAACUAUCUGUCCCUGAGAGACUACGGCAGCGGCUUGUCUCAUACAUUUAAACAACCCACUGCUCCAAUACACAAACCCGAGGGACACACCUAGGCCAAUUUCCUCAAGAUGUUUAACCAAUGCCCUGAUUCUCUGCAGGCAUGAAAGAUCUUAUGACACGUGUUGAGGUGUUUUAAGACAUAAUGUUUUAAGCGUCUGUUUCGGAGAUUUAGAUCUAGGCCUUACCCAGGUGUAAUGGAUUGGUCGAUAUUCACAAUGUCACAUUUUGCUUGAAAUUAUGAAGCCAUUGUUUUGUUUAGAGGAAGUCGAGUGACUAAUUGACAAAGGCCAGUUGAAAUACUCUUAAACCAACAACAACAACUUUAUCAUGGUCCCUUUGGUGUAGAUUACACAGUGUACACUGACUUGAUGUGUUCCAUGAAACUGCAUUUGACCAUGCUGUUUUCAUGCAUUAAAAGUGUUCACUUGAUAUUCUCAUGAGUUGUAGGUCUGCAUUGGUAGCAAACCUCCACAAGGAAGAGACGUUUUAGACUGUCUUAUAAUUCACAGCUCUUGUUUAUUAUAGUGGUAUUUUCAAGGCUUUACUUUACAAUAAGUGUGGCCAUGUUCCAAUUCCUUACUGCAUUUAGCGAUGCUGUUUGUCUUGUCACACUUAAACACUUCUGAAUUAUAAGGAGAUUUUCACAUCACCAGUUUUGACUCGACUCAUCUGUGCUGUUAGUGAGUGUGACAUAUUAGGGUGGUCAACAAUCUUUUUGGAUGUGUUCACUAUGGAAUUCUGACUACGGGCCAUUUCCUGAACGUUUUUCUACAUCUUCAAACUUCUAGAAGACAUGACUGUCAUGGUGGACACUUGCCAUUCUCACUUGGACUCACAUCAAACUCAUUUUUGUGAGACUGAAGUCAAUUUGAACUGAUUUACAGUAUAUGACUCUCAAGGCUAGGAUAUAACAAUCCAUUUCAGGGGGUGCCCAGAUAGGGUACUCCAGGGUAGGAGUACAUGUCAUGCCACUCCCUGGUCCAAAGGCCUACGAAGCAAAAAUAAGCCCCCUCCUGAAUUGUCUGUCCGCUUUACUUUGUACCCUUGGCCUACAAGGGUUGGGAAAGAACCAACACUCUUACCACAGGAGAUAUGAAGCAAAAAAAACAAGCACAUAUUUUAUUGAAUAGGAUUUGUUCAUUAUUGAUAAUGCUAUACAAGUUAGGCUGUAUUUGUCAGGGUUUUCGGUUUAGUGUAAAAGGUUGAGAUGCAAUUAGAUUUACUAUGAUUCCUGUGACGAUCUACUCUGGUAACAUUAAAGCAUAUUAUGAAAUGCAAAAUUAAUUGAGUAAAUUGGUUCUAUGCUAAGUUGAACAUGUUAUGAUAAAGUAAUUCACUAGCCUGGUCCCAGAUGUGUUUUGUGAUGUCUUGGCUUAUGGUCAUUGUAAAGCAGCACAAACAGAUCUGGGACCAGCUAGUAAUUCCCCAUGUGCUCAUCAAAAUCACAUUCUGUUGUAAAUAAGAAUGAAAUCUGAAGGCAGAGAACCGCUUAAUCUUUUACAAUGUUGUAGAUUUCUUUAUACAAUUUCAAAGAGCUCAUUUGUUCAAAUAUGUACUGUAUAACGAAGAGAGAAUAUCAUUCAAUAAAUUGCACACAAUACUUUUUCAAAA